AUAUCUCUGGAUGGUAAAUCUCUUGUCUGAAAUGAAAGCAGUAAAGUUAAUUCGUGUCAACUGCAAAUUGUACCGAUCACCAGGAAGAUAUCAAUAAAUUUCUUCUGUCAAUAGAGUGAGAGAGACGAAUAUCCAAAAAAAUAAAUUCAAAUCCGACCCAUCCGGGUUUACAAAUAAGUUAAGUUUUUUCCAAUUUCAAAUUUGAAUAAGUACUGUCAUUACCACCUCUGCGGUGUUUUUAGUGUUGAUAAAAAUGUCAGUGAAACAAGGAUAUUUUUUAGAUUUUUUAUCAUUUUCAUGUUAAAACCCCCCAUCACAUUCUUGUUUUUUGGAGCUUCAUCUCUCUCUAGUUUUUGAUAAAACCCAUUCAGGAAAAGUCUUCAACUUCAAGUUUUUAAGGCUUUUUUCACAACUUUAGUGGGAUUUUUAAGUCUAAGCAACCAUUGUUGUCAGUGUUUUGAAGCUUUUUCUGCUCAUAUCUUUUAGAGUUAGAUUUUGUUUAUUUGUUAAGUUUGUAAGUGACAAAGGGUACACUAAGAAAAGAAACUCCAAGUCAUACUAGUCUAGUACAUACAUAUGGUAAGAAAGUUUGUAAAAAAGCUGUAACUUUCCCAUUCUAAUGGAGAAUAUAUAGAAAGUUAAAAGAAGUUCUUUUCAGAGCAAUGGGAGAAAUGGGGCUAUCUUAAAAUCAGCAAAAGUUGGAGAUUUCUACUACUGCUGAACCAUGAAAAGUUUUGGGAAAACACAGAAGGAAGUAGUAGUUGAAGAAGAAAAGAAGAAGAAAUCUCCAACUGUUUGGUUUUCUUUGAAGAAAUCUUUACAAUGUAAAUCUGACCCAGCAGAUGUUUUUGAUCCAAAAACAGCUAGGAAUGGUAAUUUUAAUAACAAUCAGAAUGGUGGGUUGGCUUCAAUCUUGACAAAGAGAACAAGUAGGUCUGGUUGUUCAAGAUCUAUAGCAAAUCUCAAAGAUGUUAUUCAUGGAAGUAAAAGACAUUUGGAGAAACCAAUUUGUAGUCCAAGAUCUAUUGGGAGUAAUGAAUUGAUAAAUCCAUUAGCACAUGAAGUAAUUCUAAGUGAUUCCAAGUGUGAAUUGAAGAUUACUGGUUAUAAUGGAGGAUUACAUGAAGGAAAUGGUGGUGGUUCUGGUUCUGGUUUUGUGGGUACUCUUACACCUGGUACACCAGGUCCUGGAGGAACUUAUUCAUUUAAAACCCCAACAAGAAAAUCUUCUACUUUUUACUCUGAUAAAGAAGGGUUUGGAGGUUCUGCUCCAAAAUCCAGAACUUCUCUUGACAUAGAUUCUAAUGGGUCUUCUUCUGUUACUUGCCAUAAAUGUGGAGAGAAAUUUGGGAAAUGGGAAGGUUUAGAAGCACAUCAUCUCUCCAAACAUGCAGUUACUGAACUCGUGGAAGGAGAUUCGUCUCGCAAGAUUGUAGAAAUAAUUUGCCAAAUAAACUCAUUCAAAACCGAGAAUAAUUUGACAAGAAUUGAGAGGGUUUUGAAGGUCCACAAUAUGCAAAAGACACUAGCUCGGUUUGAAGAAUACAGGGAGAUGGUGAAAGUUAAGGCCAGCAAGCUCCCAAAAAAACAUCCUAGAUGUCAAGCUGAUGGAAAUGAACUAUUAAGAUUCUACGGCACAACAUUGGCUUGUUCUCUCGGUAUGAACAGUUCAUCCAACCUCUGUGUAUCAGAAAAAUGCAAUGUAUGUCGGAUAAUUAGACACGGAUUCUCCGUUAAAAAGGAGGUUAAGGGUGGUAUUGGUGUUUUCACAACUUCUACAAGUGGAAGAGCUUUCGAAUCUGUCGAGCUUUCUGAAGAAGAAAACUCAUCUUUGAAGAAGGCUUUGAUAGUUUGUAGAGUGAUUGCUGGCAGAGUUCAUAGGCCAUUGGAGAACUUCCAAGAGAGACUUGCUGGGCAGACAGGGUUCGACUCCUUAGCCGGAAAAAUGGGUCCUUAUUCAAAUAUUGAAGAACUAUAUUUACUUAACCCAAAAGCUCUACUUCCAUGCUUUGUGGUAAUCUGUAAACCCUGAAUGAAUGCUGUUUCAAAUGAUUUUUUUGGUAAACCUGUCUCUCUCUGGUCACAUGUCUUUAAAAUUCGCCAUAGUUAUAAUAUUACUACAUGCAUAGCUUGCAUCUAUGCCUCCCAAGAUCUGAUAAGCAAUGUCUAAAUGGUGA